CGCAUAACAAAUCUUACCAGGCCAGACCAUUGCAUAACAACAGGUGUAUUUCCUAUAAGUGAAUUUCCAACAGGUCACAGAUCCCUCAGAAAGAAGAAGCAGCAGCAGCUACAGAGAGAAGAUAAUGGAACACAAUAGCAGCUUCGAGAUCGACCCAAGAAGCGGCUUUUGCAGAUCCAAUUCUAUUUUCUACAGCAAACGCAACCCAAUUCCUCUUCCACCCAAUCACUCAAUUGAUAUCACCACCUUUAUUUCUUCCCAAGCUCACCGUGGCAAGACUGCCUUCAUCGACGCCACCACUGGUCGCCACCUGACUUUCGUCGACCUAUGGAAAGCUGUCGAUUCUGUUGCCGCCUCUCUAUCUCAGAUGGGUGUCCGCAAAGGCCACGUCAUCCUUCUUCUUUCCCCAAACUCCAUCUUCUUUCCUGUUGUUUGCCUUUCUGUUAUGUCCCUUGGUGCUAUUAUUACCACCACCAAUCCUCUCAACACUCCCCGUGAAAUCGCCAAGCAAAUCGCCGACUCCAAACCCCUAUUCGCCUUCACUAUUCCCGAACUCGUCCCCAAACUUGUUGAGUCGAACUCGAAUGUCCCCAUCAUCCUCAUAGACGAUCAGAAUUCCACCAAAAUUCAAGCCAAAAUCGUGGCAACUUUAAGCGAGAUGAUGAGGAAGGAGCCUAGUGAGAGCCGAGUCAGGGAGCGAGUCAACAUGGACGACACAGCUACUCUUCUCUACUCGUCGGGUACAACGGGAGCAAGCAAGGGCGUGGUUUCAUCGCAUCGAAACCUAAUCGCGAUGGUUCAGACCAUCGUUCGACGUUUCAACGAAGACAGAGAGCACAAGUUUAUUUGCACCGUCCCUAUGUUUCACAUCUACGGUCUGGCAGCGUUCGCGAUGGGAUUACUCGCGUCAGGAUCAACGAUCAUAGUGCUCUCGAAGUUCGAAAUUCACGAGAUGCUAUCCACGAUCGAGAGGUACCGUGCCACGGAUCUGCCUUUGGUGCCACCUAUACUAGUAGCACUGAUCAACGGCGCCGGUCAGAUAAGGUCCAAGUAUGAUUUAAGUUCGCUACAAACAGUCUUAUCAGGAGGAGCACCACUAAGCAAGGAGGUGAUAGAGGGGUUCGUGGAGAAAUAUCCAACGGUGAGAAUUCUUCAGGGUUAUGGGUUGACUGAAUCAACAGGGGUGGGUGCUUCAACAGAUACGCUAGAGGAGAGUCGGAGAUACGGUACAGCGGGGCUGCUGUCGCCUAGCAUGGAGGCAAAAAUUGUGGACCCAGAGAACGGAAAAGCUUUGGCGGUGAACCAGACGGGUGAGCUUUGGCUUAGAGGUCCCUCUAUUAUGAAAGGUUACUUCUUCAAUCCUGAAGCGACAUCAACAACUCUUGAUUCAGAGGGAUGGUUAAGAACUGGAGAUCUAUGCUAUAUUGAUGAUGACGGGUUUAUUUUUGUUGUUGAUCGUUUGAAGGAAUUGAUCAAAUACAAGGGAUAUCAGGUCCCUCCUGCAGAACUAGAGGCCUUGUUGCUUACUCAUUCAGACAUUACUGAUGCUGCUGUAAUACCGUAUCCUGACAAGGAGGCUGGGCAGGUUCCCAUGGCAUAUGUUGUAAGAAAAGAUGGAGGCAAUUUAUCUGAGAAAGCUGUCAUGGACUUUGUGGCAAGACAGGUGGCUCCAUACAAGAGAAUCCGAAGAGUUGCCUUUAUUGCAGCCAUACCCAAGAACCCAUCGGGAAAGAUUCUCAGGAAGGAUCUGAUAAAGCUUGCGACCUCUAAACUAUGAAUGGUUUGGGUUUUGGAAUAAAAAAUGUCCUGAAAAGGAUAGACUGCUAGAAUAUCCAUGUCUAUUACCAGUUUUGGCUAUAGUUAAGCGUCUUAGUCUUGUUCAUCAACGUAUAUAGGAUCCUGCUUAAAGUUAAUUUCAUCAGACAGAAAUGAAAAUUGCACUUGGGAUGUAUAUUUCUGUGAGUUCCAGAAGCAGGCUACUUGAGAAUGGAUGUAUAAUCAUUGCUAUCCCAAACAAUGAUUUAAAUCUAAAUGUACUUUUUCUUUGCUA